AGAAGCAUAUAUAUAUAAAUAUACUCUCUAACUAACAGCAACAGUAUCAAAGUAUCAAAGUAUCAGGACACACUACUCGCCUCAAUAACAUUAACAAUUAACAUUAAUUAAAAUUCACUGAUAAUUACCGGAAAAAAUCUAAAUAAUAAUUAUCAAAAGUGACAUUUAAAAUGGCGCCAGUAGGUACAACAAAAUAUCAGUAUGACCUAGUAGUAAUUGGAGGAGGAUCUGGAGGACUAGCAGCAGCAAAAGAAGCAGUUGAACUAGGAGCUAAAGUAGCAGUAUUAGAUUACGUGACCCCGUCUCCCCGCGGAUCCAAAUGGGGACUGGGUGGCACGUGCGUGAACGUAGGAUGCAUCCCAAAAAAAUUGAUGCACCAGGCAGCGUUGCUCGGAGAGGCGAUCCACGAAGCUGUGUCUUACGGCUGGCAGAUCCCGAACCAGGAGUCGGUGUCCAAUGACUGGGAGAGUCUCCGAACAGCGGUCCAGAAUCAUGUGAAGUCAGUGAACUGGGUGACGCGCGUUGAGCUGCGGGACAAGAAAGUGGAGUACAUCAACGCUAACGGGUACUUCAAGGACCCUCACACAGUGGUAGGAGUGAUGAAAAACGGAGACGAGAAGGAGAUUACUGCAGAGAAUGUCCUGAUCGCUGUUGGGGGUCGUCCCAGGUACCCGGACAUCCCUGGAGCGAUGGAGUACGGAAUCACCAGUGAUGACAUCUUCAGUCUGGAGAAAGCUCCCGGUAAGACUCUCGUCGUAGGUGCUGGGUACAUCGGUCUGGAGUGCGCUGGCUUCCUCAACGGACUUGGCUAUGAUGCUACGGUCAUGGUCAGGUCGGUUGUCCUUCGUGGAUUUGAUCAGCAGAUGGCUAACCUCAUCGCUUCGGAGAUGGAGCACCGUGGGGUUCAUUUUGUUCAUCAGGCCAAGCCUAAGAAGAUUCAGAAGCAGGAGGAUGGAAAAUUGUUGGUUGACUGGGUUGAUAGUGAAGGACAAGUUCACCAGGAUGUCUAUGAUACUGUUUUGUUUGCUAUCGGAAGACAGGCUCUUACUCCUCAGCUCAAGUUGGAGAAUGCUGGGGUACAAGUUGUUCCGGAGACUUUUAAAAUUGCUGCUGAACAUGAACAGACCAAUGUUCCUAAUAUUUAUGCUGUUGGUGAUGUUCUUCAUAAAAGACCAGAAUUGACACCAGUUGCAAUCCACGCCGGAAAACUGCUAGCUCGUCGACUCUUUGGUAACUCAACAGCAAAAAUGGACUACGAGAACGUAGCAACAACAGUAUUCAGCCCCCUGGAGUACGGGUGCGUCGGUCUGGGUGAAGAACAAGCAAUAGCAAUUUACGGCGAGCAGUACAUAGAAAUUUACCACGCAUUUUACAAGCCCACGGAGUUCUUUAUCCCCCAGAAAAACAUAAAGCACUGUUACUUAAAAGUGGUGGUGCUCAGAAACGAGAACGAGCGUGUUCUGGGCAUGCACUUCAUCGGACCUCAUGCCGGCGAAGUGAUCCAAGGAUUCGCCGCGGCUAUUAAGUGCAACUUGACAUUCCCAAUUCUUAAGUCGACCGUAGGAAUCCAUCCGACCAGCGCUGAAGAAUUCACCCGCGUGAUGAUCACCAAGCGAUCCGGAAAGGACCCAAAUCCUCAAAGCUGCUGCAGUUAAAAAAAUUUCCAGACUAUUUUUUUAUUAAAUUCCAGCUUUGUCACAUUUAAUUAAUAAAAAAACGCU